AUGGACGUAAGUUUGGACGAAUUAAUCAAGAACAAAAGGUCGUCAUCCCGCGGAGGACGCCGUGGGGGUGGAAGACAAGGCGGCUCCAGAGGAUUCAGUGGUGGUAAACGCGGUGGCGGAACAUCAAAUUUCCGAUCAAAUGGAGCUGGUGGAAGCGGUGGUGGUCCUAUGCGCAGGGGCAGAUCCAUGGCAAGGCGAUCCAAUGGAUUUACUCCUUACUCGAAGGGCGAUGUAAAUGCAUCGUGGACUCAUGAUAUGUAUGAAGGGCCUAAAAGACAGCAAAUUAGAGGUGGUCUCUCAACUACUAAUAUUCAUAAAAUUGUUAUAUCAAACUUGGACUUUGGAGUUACAUCUACAGAUAUACAGGAGCUAUUUGAUGAGUUUGGUCCAUUGAAAACUGCAACAGUUCACUAUGAUAGAUCUGGUAGAUCAUUGGGAACAGCUGAUGUUGUAUUUGACAGUAAAAAUGCUGCAUUAAAAGCAGUACGUCAAUAUAAUAAUGUACCGCUUGAUGGUCGCCCUAUGAAAAUUGAACUUGCGACUGAUUUGUCAACUGUUGCCAACCUUGCUACUCGUCUCAGUAGACCAGCACCAUUGCCUGUACGAGGUAUUCGUGGUGGGGUGAGAGGUAACCGGGGCAAACGUGGAAAUACCCGUGGUAACUCCAGAGGACGUGGUGGUAGAGGUGGCAGGAACAGCGAAAAAAAAAUGCCAAACAAAGAUGAAUUAGAUGCACAACUUGAUAGCUUUAUUAAAAGCAAGAAUAAUUGAUUUCAUGUUUAUAUUUUUGACUUUUCUAAUAUUUUUAAGUAAACUAGUGUUCGACAGUUCAAACAGUGUUACUAAGUUAUUUGUCAGAUGACUUGAUAAUUUCUUGAUAGGUUGAUAGUAAUUUUGACCUGUAAUUAUACUCAUAUAAUUGAA